AUGGCUGAUGAAUCCAGAGAUAUAUCUGGUAAUGAACAACUGAGUAUUGUUAUACGUGUUGUUGAUCCUGAUGUAAAAAUGCAUAUCGAUAAAAGUGAAAAAUCAUGCCCCUUCAAUGAAUAUUUUCUAGGAUUUAUCAAGCUAAAUGAGUUUGAUGCUGAAACUUUAACAUCUGAAAUUGUUCGAUUUUUAUCGUGUUUAAAAAUUGAUUUAAAUAAAUGUAUCGCGAUGUGUUUCGAUGGAGCGUCUGUUAUGUCUGGCAAGCAUGCAGGUGUACAAGCACUGUUACGCCAACGAUACAUUCCUAAUGCAAUAUAUGUGCAUUGUUAUGCACAUAAAUUAAACUUGGUGAUAUGUGACGUCACCAAAAGCGUUCCUUACUUAGCCGAAUUUUAUUCGAUUAUCAAUGCAAUAUAUCGAUAUUUUAAUAAAUCAAGCGUAAAUAAUAAAACAUUUAAAAAAGUUCAACAACAGCUUAAGCUAGGCGAGAAUGUUUUAAAUUUAUCAUCAACCGUGAAAGAAUCUUCUUUUCUUGUUUUCGAAGAUUGCUCCGGUCUAUCCACAACUACAAGUAAGAAAUGGACUGAAACCAGAUGGGACAGUCGUUGGACGUCCAUCGAUUCGGUUAUUGAGAAUUAUCACGCUUUAAUUAUAAGUUUAGAAGAACUGGAAAAUGAAGCUAAAUCUUUAGAUUUUGGUAAAGCUCAUACAUUGAUUAGUGCUGUUAUUGAUCAGAUUGUUGCUCUUAGAAACGAAGAAAACUUUUCUAAAAUAUUUGAUCAAAUUAAUCAAUUUUGUGCUGAUAACAAUGUUGAUUUAAAUGUCAAAGUGAAAGAAAGGAGAUUAAAAACAACUUCUACAAGAUUGAAAAAUUUUCUAGUUACAAGUACAAUUGGAGAACGUGAAAUUAUUGAUUGUGAAUGUAAAUAUAGAACUUCUAUUUUUUAUCCAGUUAUUGACUCGAUUAUUCUUGAAAUGAGGGAUCGUUUUUCAACGACAAACAUGGACAUUCUUCGUGCGGUUUCAUCCCUGUCGCCUGAAAGUUCAACAUUUUUAGAAUUAACAGAACUUAAAGCUUUAUGUUUGAUGCUACAAUGUGAUACUUCGCUGUUGAAAAACGAAAUCCAAGUAUUCAAACCCAUGCUAAACCAAUCAAAAUCAAAAAAUAUAACUGACCUAUUUUUUGAAACAUUACCAUUUCAACAAGCUUUUCCAAAUAUUCUAAGGCUGGUCAUAUGUUCUAUGAUGAUACCAUUAUCAUCCACAACAACAGAAAGGACAUUCAGUAAAAUGAAACUCAUUAAAACAAUCGCACGUAAUAGUGUGUCAGAUUCUAGACUAAGUGAUUUGUCUUUGUUGGCUAUUGAAAGAGAUAUUGUUGUUGAUUAUGAAAACAUCAUUGAUGCAUUCGCAGCUCAACACAAGAACAGUCGAAUACUAUUGAAAUAA